CUUUCCUUGUACACAACAGAUAAGAAUGCAAUGUUAGAUAAGUAAAGACAUGAUUUAAAGGUAACCUACAUUACACAAUAGUGCACAAUCAAUAGAUGAGGAAAUAAAAAUAAAACUUGGUGAACAUAAGUACUUGCAGCGUUAGUAUGACUGUGUUACAAUUUCUGACGUAUGUAGUGCUACAGGUAGCCAACACAAAGAUGGUUGACACGCUAGAAUACAAUUUUCCGGUCAGUUCAACAGAAACAUGUCCAAUGAAUGCCAAAGAAUGGGACGAUGCAUCUGUAAGGAGACAUUGCAAUGACACACAUGGGUACCACUGUGUACCCGAUAAGAAUUUCUCGUCUCUUAUAGAGUUUUGUUAUCCUCUAGGAAGACGUAUUCCCUUUCAAAAAGGAAAUUGUUUGGAACUGGCUUAUACUGGAAUCCUGAACCAUGUAAAAUGUGGCAAUUUCAGUUACGGUUGUCCAGAAAAGGACUUUUUCAGCAAUGAGAUUUAUCUGUAUCCAGCAUGUUUAAGGCUUGCUGAAAACUGUUUCACAGCAGAUCUUAGUUGCUUGAAAAAGCGAUACUCUGAACAAAUGCCGCGAGAAAAAAUAGAAGCAAACUGCACUUGUCCAAAAGAGCAGUCGCCAAGAGAAGAAAUUAGCUCUACAGCUUUAAUUCCUGUAGUUAUCGUAUUGUCUGUAGGGUCUGUUUUUGCACUGAGUUUAGUUCUUAUCCUUUAUAUGAAGAUUCGUAAACAGAGUAAGUCUGAAGUCAUAAAUUUCUUUUGA